UCAUUUGAGGGUACCGUACUCACCGGACUCAAUUUUAAAUUAUUAAUUCUAGUUCACAAUAACAAUAACAAAACCCUAAAUCCCCGACCUUGACUACACUUGCUCUUCUCCGCUCCGCCUCCUCUACUGCCAGAGCUGUCACACCAGAACCAGAAAAAUGCCUUUCAAGAGGUACGUUGAGAUCGGAAGGGUGGCUCUCGUCAACUACGGCGAGGACUAUGGGAAGCUCGUCGUCAUCGUCGACGUCCUUGACCAGAACAGGGCUCUGGUUGAUGCCCCUGAUAUGGUGAGGUCCCAAAUGAAUUUCAAGAGACUUUCUCUGACUGACAUCAAAAUCGAGAUCAAGAGGGUCCCCAAGAAGAAGGAACUGCUUGCUGCCAUGGAGACUGCUGAUGUGAAGAAGAAGUGGGAGAACAGCUCGUGGGGUAGAAAACUGGUUGUUCAGAAGAGAAGGGCGGCUCUUAAUGACUUUGAUCGGUUCAAGCUCAUGCUGGCUAAGAUUAAGAAAGCUGGGCUUGUCAGAAAUGAACUUGCAAAACUGAAGAAGCAGAGUGCAGCUUAGGCAAUAAUUUUAGUUUACAAUUUUAUCGUGGAUUUCUUUUUCGAAACUGUAUCGGAUCUUUUAUCAAUUUUAGCUUUUCAGAGAUUUUUUCCGUUUCUAAUAUCAUUGACACUGUUUUGAUAUAUAGAUUUUCAGUUUCCUGUAUGGAUGAUUUGUGUUUUCUGAUGGGGAUUCUGCACCUAAAAGUUCCCAUAACCAAGAGUUAGUAUCGUUUGUAACUUGAGUGGAAAUCGAGUUCAUCACAAAUGUAUUUUGUACCCGCCCAUACAUGUGAGUUGAACCUGAGAAUUGGAAUAA